UAAGGUGAAAAUCGCGUACAGUGGCGAGGUAAUGAUCACCUACAUCGACGAGGGCAUCUCGUACGAGGGACUUUGCCGCGAGAUACGCGAAAUUUGUCGCUUCUCCCCCGAUCAGGUGUUCACGAUGAAAUGGGUGGACGAGGAGAACGACCCGUGCACCAUCCAGUCGGACAUCGAGCUCGACGAAGCAAUCCGCCUGUACGAAGUGAACCGUGACUCGGAACUGGUCAUUCAUGUAUUUCCAAAUGUGCCGUCUGCUCCGGGAUUGUCCUGCGUCGGCGAAGACCGUAGCAUUUACCGAAGAGGCGCCCGACGAUGGCGCAAGCUGUACCGGAUAAACGGACACAUUUUCCAAGCGAAGAGAUUCAAUCGAAAAGCCUUCUGCGCCUUUUGCCACGACCGCAUCUGGGGUCUCGGCCGGCAGGGAUUCAAGUGCAUUCAGUGCAAGCUGUUGGUGCACAAAAAGUGCCACAAGCUUGGCAAUAAACCGUGCAGCAACGAGCAUGUCGAACCGGUCUUCAAGGAGCGCGAUCAUCAUGAUCCGAACGACGAAUCUAGUGCCGGUGAUGUCAUCCAGGCACCGCUAGACUAUCCGCCCGAGCUGCAUUCCAGCGACCAGGUACCGGUCGAGGUGAACGAUAAUGUGGAGGAACCGCUAGAGCCUGUCACCCAGCGGCAGUACUCGCUGAAUGAUUUCGAGUUGAUCCGCGUUAUCGGCCGCGGAAGCUACGCCAAGGUGUUGAUGGUGGAACUGAGGACAACGCGGCGCAUCUACGCAAUGAAGGUGAUCAAGAAGGCGCUUGUCACCGACGACGAGGACAUCGAUUGGGUGCAGACGGAGAAGCAUGUUUUCGAGACAGCCUCGAAUCACCCGUUCCUGGUGGGUUUGCAUUCGUGCUUCCAGACACCGUCACGGUUGUUCUUCGUGAUCGAGUUCGUGCGCGGUGGUGAUCUGAUGUUCCACAUGCAGCGCCAGCGCCGUCUGCCGGAGGAACACGCGCGGUUUUACGCAGCCGAAAUCAGUCUGGCACUGAACUUCCUGCACGAGAAGGGCAUCAUCUACCGGGAUCUGAAGCUGGACAACGUGCUGCUCGACCACGAGGGCCACAUCAAGCUGACUGAUUACGGUAUGUGUAAGGAGGGCAUCAGACCCGGUGACACGACGUCCACGUUCUGCGGUACACCGAAUUACAUCGCACCGGAGAUUCUGCGUGGGGAAGACUACGGAUUCUCCGUCGAUUGGUGGGCACUGGGAGUGCUACUGUACGAAAUGUUGGCCGGCCGCAGUCCGUUCGAUAUUGCCGGUGCUUCCGAGAAUCCGGAUCAGAACACGGAAGACUAUCUGUUCCAGGUGAUACUGGAGAAAACGAUCCGUAUUCCGCGGUCGCUCAGUGUGAAGGCCGCCUCCGUGCUGAAAGGUUUCCUGAACAAGAAUCCGGCCGACCGUCUGGGCUGCAAUCGCGAUUCGGCCUUCAUGGACAUCGUGAACCACUCGUUCUUCAAGACCAUCGACUGGGAGAUGCUUGAGCAAAAGCAGAUUACGCCUCCGUUCCGGCCGCGGCUCGACUCCGAUCGUGAUCUGGCCAACUUCCCGGUUGAGUUCACCGACGAACCGGUACAUCUGACGCCGGAUGAUGACCGCGUCAUCGAUAAGAUCGAUCAGUCCGAGUUUGAGGGAUUCGAGUACGUGAACCCGUUGCUGAUGUCCUUGGAGGACUGCGUUUGACAUCACGCAUCUUGCGAGUUGCAUCCCUACAACAUGCAGUUAUACGGUGACGAUUCUAGCGAUUACGAUUCCGUUGUGGAUGAGCUAAGUAUCCUUCAAUUACCUCCGCCACCAUCCAAGAGUCUGCUGCAGCACAUGUUUUGCCUUCCACUGAACUAGCCGCAACCGUCGACGGCGAGCCGCCAGCCGAGUGAUGGCAGAUAGCGACACACCCGUAGCGAUAAAAGAUAGAGUGUGGACUUUGGUGUUUUUGGGUUUUCUGUUUCCGAAAGCUAUUUCUAUUGGGCGGCAAUAUUUGAUUUCAAUUUUGUUAAAUUUGUUAGAGAAUUCCACAAUUUAUCAUGAACACACCUGAAAGCCUUUGGCAGGCGCAUUUCGCGACAGCUCUUUUGUAUCUGUUUUUUUUCGUUGAUUGUCCGCUUCGAAAUUGAGCACAAAACUAUGACAGCCUGUUUCAUUCGUCCGCAGCAUCAAUCAUCACUCUAUAAUUGUAGUAACUUCUUAGCUAGCCAUAAGAGCGCGGAGCGAGAGAGAGAGAGACGCCAAUCUAAGCAUAUUAAUAUCCGGCUCACAGACAGACAAGUUUGUGCGCUGCUGCAUUUAGAUGCGAACACAGGACAUCAACUAGAAGGUUAAUAAUGGUACUUGACACAUUUCACGUCGUGAACUUAUCUUUAUACAAACAAAAACAAAAAUCACGGAAAAGAGUUUCAGGAUAUGAAAAUCAAACCGCUCUCCAAACCCGUAGAAAAGUAAGUGAUGAACUACUGCAGAACACAAAACAAAUCCAGGAAAGAAGUAAAACGGAUCUUAAAGAUGAUUGACUAGCUAUGCUAAGGCGAUGAAACAAUUCGUUUGAUCCUACUGGGGACGGACGGAAGUUAGAUUCGGAAGAGAUCCUUCUUCUGCUGCCUGGGGCGAAUCAGGCUAUAAGAAGCAUGGGGCGGCGAAACAGUUGAACAUACAUUAUACUAAAGCAAAACAUAGUUAAAUAGUAAAUCAAGAAGCAAAAGUUACAAAAAAUUACAAAGUUACACACAAUUGCACAGCAUCGUUAACAAAGUAGUAGAAGGAAUGGCGCAAAACGGACGGCCGCUUAUUGGUUGGCCUAUGCGUAGAGCCCGGGACGGGUUGAUGAAGUGGGACAAGCUGCUGGAGAACAAACUAGAUGGCGCGAGCCCCAAACGGGAUGAAAUCGUACGAGAACAGUCUAUAGAACAGUUUGGACAGAGUAAUUUGGGGAGCUACACAUGUUUAGGUAUCAAAUUUACUAUUAAUAAUUAUAAAAGCCGACACGAGAGUGUAGAAUGGUUUAGUAUGGAAAAAAGAAAGUAAUGAAAUUGAAAUUAAAACAGAAAACCAUAGUUCAUGCUAUGAAGUGAAAGAGAAAACCCCGCAAAGUGGAGGUGUGUGUUGUGGCGUGCGCGUUGAUGGGUGAAUGUUUUUAACAUUUUAAAUAUUUUAGAAAAGAAAAAACAAAAAAACUAACAAGAAAUCAAAGAGAUAAAAUCAUCACAUACAGAACAGCGAAGAGGCCAGUAGACAGUGGAUCGUUGCUGCGGGAGUGCAAAAUGUAGAAUAACGAUCAAAAUUACACAGACUGCGGCAUAGGGUUGGUUGUGUGUCCGCGCUGUGCGUAUACAGCGAGCGUCGUCUGUUGUAGCUGACAGUUUUUGUACAUGAGUUCAGGAAAUACUAUAGACAAACAUAUGACAAACGAGUAAUUGAAAGAAACAAAAAAACAACAAAACUUUAGGAACGCGCACCGUAAAAGAAAACAUAAUUAUGCAAAAAGUAAAAACACACACAAACCAUCACUCCUGAUCGAUUGAAUGAGGUUAGCGUGAGGACGUGAGCCUACAAGUUCUGGAGGCUCUCUAGCCGAGAGACAGCACUGAAGCCGAGACAGAAACUGUGUGCAGAUGUUGUUAUUUUCUAUGUCCAACCGUUUACUGUUCGUUCUGUUCAUCCCGUACCUAAACCAUGAUCCCCUCCGUUCGAUUGUUACUAAUCGGUUGUUUAAAAUCAUGUUAAUAUUGGGCUGUUUCUUUUGAAUGCGAGAUCCGCGUACCAAGCGUUAAAGUACGAGUUAUUAACUCUCCUGCACCCGAAGGUACCAUAAGUUACACAUUCCACAGGAAGACCGUUACAAUGAAACCGAGCAACAGCUCAGAGGUCCAUUAAUGCGAGCUACGUUGGCGAAGACCUCAAAGCAGAGAGACAUUUUUGAGAGGAAAACAAACGAAUGCAUUGCCCCCAAAAUAUUAUCUAGAUGCGUAACCGUGUCGCUUGCACAUCAAGGGAAGGCAGAAGAAAUGUGACGAACGAGAACGCGUGCGCCUAUGAUUUGUAUUAUGAUCAGAUUGGUCGUAGAGUUUAAAACGAUGGUAUUUACGGGAGAUACUUCUUCAUUUGACAUCAAUCGUAUUUUAUAUAACCAUUACCAAUGUGUUUUACGGUCAUGCGAACG